AUGCAAAAUCUGAACCCCGACCGCGCGACUCUGCACAACAGUGACCUGUUCGGAACACCGGGGGGGGACGGGGGCCUGCGUCUGCUAGGGGUGGCGCUGCGAGUGACUGGGAAUUGCGACAUGGUGGUAUGCCCAUCAUUCAUUGGGUCCAUCAGCACUGCAAUGUUGCAGCAUGUAUACGCACUUAUAGAGCUUGUACAUUUCACCCCGCUGCCCGACAAGUCGAUCGUUGACGCAAUCUCAGCAAAGUUUACCCAAACCGUGGGAGAGCUGCUCUUGAUACAAGCGCAAUCACGGUUUCGAGUUUACGCAGCAGUAGGGCAGCACCAAGAGAUGGAACUCAUCUGGUUUAAGAGUCUCAGGAUGUUGAGCAGGAAGAGAGGGCCGACGAGUGAAGCAAUUUUAGCUCUCGCCGGGUUGGUAGAGAAGUAUGCGCCCUUCUGCAAACUCCUCGCAACCGACGCGGAAGCGGAAGUGCCGGAGGAUCUAGCAGCAGGAGACCUCACGGGGCUGCGGCGGUUCUCUUCCAAAAAACGGAAAGGGGCCUCUUUGUCGAGCGCUUCGAACAAACCCCCCCCGUCAACCAAGAAGCCCCCGUCGAACGCGCCUCCUGGAGCAGGGGGAUACCUUGCGACAGUCUCAGAGUCUGCACCCGAGGCCCAAGAACCGGAAAUCCAGCCCGGCUGCUACUGGAUGCGGUCACGCAAAGCACCAUCGGGGGGGGGGCAAGGCAAGCAGUCAAGCACGGGGGCCAGAAAACGAAAGCCAGGGACGGUUGCCGAGGACGAUGAAAUCGUCCGGAACGUGGUUGCUAAGAAGGAGUGGUCAGUGGAGGAGGACGUGGAGUCAGUUGCCACCAGCGUUGAGGAUGGCGGAAGCGAGGAAUUCUCGGAAGACGAGGAGUCAUUCAUAAGCAGCUCGGACGAGCUGGGAGUGGUGCUGACCGAGGAGCAGAAGAGAAGGCGAGAGGAGAGGCAGCGCGAGAGCCUCGCGCUAAAGCAUAUCCGAUUGCUCAGUGCUAUUGCCGCGCAGGGGGGACUGGCAGAAGAAGGGGGGGGCGAGAGUGGCUACAAGACAGCGGCGGUGUCGUGCGGAUGGGAGCUGAUUGAAAGCGCUGCGAGUGGAGACUCACGUCACGGCAAGCUCGUCCAGCAGACAAGUUCCCUCGAAGGUUGGACGCUCUCGCCUGAGAGAGGGUCUGGCAUGUUGUUGGAAUUCCUAGACUGCCUGUAG